AUGAAAGACGGAACAGUGAUAGGAUGGAUUCUCCUUCCGGAAUUGAGAGACAAAUUACUAACAUCCGACGAAGUUGAUGUAUUGAAUGGCUAUCAUGAGAUGUGGAUAAAAAUUGCACCAGAUUGGAGGGAAGCUUUAUCACUGAAGAACGCCAUUGAAGAUCGUAUCACAAAAGGGAAAUAUGGAGGCAAACCUCGUCCUGGUGGUCCAAGAUCUACCUUAUGCAUAUCCUCACAGGUUGGAUGCAAAAUGGGCUGCACAUUUUGUGCAACUGGAAGUAUGGGAUUCAAGAGCAACCUCUCAACAACAGAGAUUGUAGAACAAUUAGUACAUGCUUCUCGAUUAUCACCCAUUCGCAAUGUUGUUUUCAUGGGAAUGGGAGAGCCAUUAAACAACUACAAUGCUUUAGUUGAAGCUAUUCGAGUAAUGACAACAUUCCCUUUUCAGCUUUCACCCAAGAAAAUUACUGUCUCAACGGUUGGAAUAAUUCAUGCAAUAAACAAGCUUCAUGGUGACUUACAAAAUAUAAACCUAGCAGUGUCUCUUCAUGCACCAGUUCAAGAUAUUAGGUGUCAAAUAAUGCCUGCAGCUCGCGCUUUUCCUUUAGAAAAACUUAUGAAUGAUUUAGCAGAAUAUCAAAAGAAAAGUCAGCAAAAGAUUUUCAUUGAGUACAUAAUGCUGGAUGGUGUGAAUGAUGAGGAGCAGCAUGCCCACCAGCUUGGUAGAUUGCUUGACACAUUUGAAGUGGUUUUGAAGAAUUUGUUGAAAAUAUUGAAUAGGUGA